AUGGGCAAUGAGAAAAGCUUCUCAAACCAGGAGCUGAUAAAGCGGGAAAAGGGUGUGAAAAGAAGGGAGGGCUUUGAAAAUGCCCCCUGUCUGGACCUUGAGCCAGAAUCUUGGGAGAAGCAAGGUUAUGGAUCUUCCAGCAGAAGCUACCAUCCUGGGUAUGAAUCCAACGCUGAGGCCCAGAGCCUUGCUGCUCAGUGGUUGGUGCUAAGGGUGGUCACGGCUGGGUUACUGGUGGUAGGAAAGAGUGUUAAUGAACCACUGAAGAGCACAUGGGGUGAGAGCCUCCAGGAAAGAAUAAAGUCCCUCAACGUGUCACUCAAAGAAAUCACUACUAAGGUGUCUAUGAGUGAGAGAUUCUGCAGCACUCUGAGGAAGAAGGUUAACGAUAUUGAAACCCAACUACCAGCAUUGCUUGAAGCCAAAAUGCUUGCCAUAUCAGGAAACCAUUUCUGUACAGCUAAGGACCUCACGGAGGAGAUUAGAUCGCUAACCUCCGAGAGAGAAGGGCUGGAGGGACUCCUCAACAAGCUGUUGGUGCUGAGUUCCAGGAAUGUCAAAAAGCUGGGAAGUGUUCAAGAAGAUUACAGCAGAUUGAGAAGAGAACUGGAACACCAGGAAACUGCCUACGAAACAAAUGUGAAGGAAAAUACUGUGAAGUACAUGGAAAUACUUGAGGCUAAACUGUGCAGCUGCAAGUAUCCACUGCUUGGAAAAGUGUGGGAAGCUGACUUGGAAGCUUGCAGGUUGCUUAUUCAGAGCCUGCAACUCCGGGAAGCCAGGGGCAGUCUGUCUGGCGAAGACCAGAGGCAGAUGAAUGACACAGAGGGAGCUGCCUGUACCACCACUCCAGCCAUGCCCCUCAGGCUGCAGUCCCAUGAUGAGAGGAAGACUCAUUUGCAGGCACUGGAAGAAUGGCAGGGUCACCUGAGCCCCGCUCUGCUUUGUCCUGGAGGUGAACAGAAAGAGGAAUCUUACAUCCUCUCUGCAGAACUUGGAGAAAAAUGUGAAGCCAUAGGCCAGAGGUUAUUGUACUUGGAAGAUCAACUUCACAUGGCAAUCCAUAAUCAUGAUGAAGAUCUCAUUCAGUCUCUCAAGAGAGAGCUCCAGAUGGUGAAGGAAACUCUGCAGGCCAUGAUCUUGCAGCUACAGCCAGCGAAGGAGGAGGGAGAGGGAGAGACUGCAGCUUCCUGUGUGACAGCUGGUGUCCGGGAAGCGCAAGCCUGAGGAGGGAGGGGAUGGCGGAAGAUGGGUCACCGCGUCACCACUGUGGACUCAGGGCUGCUGUUCCCUUUCCCUGCGUGAUGGUGCGCCUGAAUCGGGUAUGGAGGUGCAUGGCCUUGAGGUCUUCCAGCAGAAAGGGGGUCUGUGUUCAUUUUCGUGAGGCUGAGGCU